AUGAAUGCGGACCCGGCCAUUCUCGCUCUCUUCGGGCCGGCCCCGUCGAAUGUCGACCUCACUGCCAGUGAUGUAUCAGUGAAUAAUGGCGUGGUCAUUGCAAUGCUCUGUCUGGCGGCAGUGUUUGUGAUUCUACGUUUUAUUGCUCGAAUUGUACUUCGAAAUGCCUUGAUGGCGGAUGACUGGGCAAUUAUUGCCGCAUUGCCAGUUGGGUUCACAUUUACUGACUAUAUAUGCGCAAAGAUUUGUAUAUCUGGCACGACUGCAUUAAGUGUCGCAGCAGUAUUUAACGCAGCAACCAAUCUAGGCGGCACUACUGGUUCUGGAAGACAUAUCUGGGCUGUCAAGCUGGAGGAAUUGAUGAACCUGUACAGACUCCUAUUCUCCUACACAUUUAUUUAUGCCGCGGCAUGCACUUGUACCAGACUCUCGAUACUUGCUUUCUAUAGGCGAGUCUUUUCCCCAUUGGAACAGUCGUUGAAAGUGGCGCUCAUUUGUGGCUUGUUCUUCACAAUAUCGUAUCCUAUCAUUAUUUGGGUAACCAUGGGAAAUGCUUGUCAACCAGUGUCCCACUUUUGGACUCAAUUCAGCGACACGAAGGGGAAAUGCAUCAACGUCAACCAAUUCUUUCUCGCAUUAGGCAUUCUUAACAUGCUGAAUGACUUCAUCAUUCUGAUAAUCCCUUUUCCGCGAAUCUCCCAGCUCCAAAUGACCCUGCGGAAGAAACUAGCAAUCUGUGGCAUUAUGGCAGUGGGAAUAUUUGUGUGUGUUGCCAGCAUCGUGCGAAUCCAUUUUCUCUCGGAGUUUAUGAAGGCUGCCGAUGUCACUUGGCUGAUGGGACCUGUAUUCAUCUGGUCAACCAUCGAGCCAUCAGUUGCUGUAGUUUGUGCCUGUUUGCCGCAUCUUGCACCGCUUGCUCGACUCGCCCAUCGCUCAAUCUUAUCCAGUUUGAAUUCACAACGGGCCACUGGUAUUUCUUCGGAAACACCGGGAGGACAAAGUGGUUCCGGGCAGGGUCUCCAAAGGGGGAAUAAGUUCAACAACCAUGGACCAACAUUUGACUAUGGGUUUGAUAAAAUGAAGAAGAGGGCAAACGACGAUGAAAUCGGAUUAACGAACUACGUCACUGUCGGUCCCAAUGGAGGCAUUCAUGCUUCAAAUGACUCCGUCGAGGAUAUUGGUCACAAUAACUCGAUUGCUGUUCAUUCAAGCUUUGUCCAGUCGGCCUCACCACGACCUUGGUAG